AAUUAUUGUGCACUGGUUCUGGACAAGUCAAACAGAGGGAAGGAAGGAGGAGGACGACGAAGCCGUCUCUCCUCCGUUAGUCGUCGCACUCGCGCCACCACCAACCAGCCCAACGAACAACGAGAUAUACAAUACAACUCAUUUCCCAACAGAUCAAUCAUCGCUCUGCACAUGUUACAUCACCGGGGCCUGCCGCGAUUUUUAUUUAAGCUUUAGAAGAAAGAGGCGCGGGCCGCGGUGGCGAUCGCUGAUAUAUCAGCAGCAACCCUGCCUGGAAGGUGCGCGUUUUGUUCCAUUUGUGUGCGUGGGCGGUGAUGGCGUCGUCAACGGCGUACUCGCGGCCGUCCAAGCCGCCGGGGCCGGCGGCCGGCGACCGGAGAGGGCCGCGGCUUGCCAAGGAACUCGGCAAGAUCGAGCCCAAGAAGCUGGGCAUCGGGCUGGUGGCCGGCUGCUGCCUCGCGCUGCUCACCUACCUGUCCUUUGCCAGGCUCUUCGCUAUCUACUCGCCAGUUUUCGAUAGCUCGGCCCUGGUGUUGAGGAACGCGCCGCCGGCAACCACAACGGUGCCGGCAACAGAGGCUCCGCCGGUGGAGCAAAAGACUGAAGUGGAGGAGCAGAAAGAUGUUACGGACCCUGAGGCGGACCCCAACAUGACCAACUUACCAGAGGUCACAAGAAAGGAUGAACAGGAGGACUCGGCGGCGACGAAGCCAGCUUCUGCCGCCACGGAGGCCAAGAUCACCUGCGACGAGAACGGCGUUGACGAGGGCUUCCCGUACGCGCGCCCGCCGGUGUGCGAGCUCACCGGCGACAUCCGGAUCAGCCCCAAGGAGAAAACCAUGUACUUGGUGAACCCGUCCGGCGCCGGGCCCUUCGACGCCAACGGCGAGAAGAAGAUCCGCCCGUUCGCCCGCAAGGACGACUUCCUCCUCCCGGGCGUCGUGGAGGUCACGAUCAAGUCCGUGUCCUCGGCCGAGGCCGCACCGCAGUGCACGCGGCGGCACGACGUCCCCGUGGUGGUCUUCUCCGUGGCCGGCUACACGGACAACUUCUUCCACGACAACACGGACGUGCUCAUCCCGCUGUUCCUCACCACGGCGCACCUCAAGGGCGAGGUGCAGCUCCUCAUCACCAACUUCAAGCCGUGGUGGGUGCACAAGUUCACGCCCCUGCUCAAGAAGCUCUCCAACUACGACGUGAUCAACUUCGACAAGGACGAGGGGGUGCACUGUUUCCGGGCAGGCCACAUCGGGAUGUACCGCGACCGCGACCUCAUCAUCUCCCCGCACCCGACGCGCAACCCGCACAACUACUCCAUGGUCGACUACAACCGGUUCCUCCGCCGCGCCUUCGCCCUGCCCCGCGACGCCCCGGCCGUGCUCGGGGAGGAGACCAGCGCCAAGCCCAAGAUGCUCAUCAUCGAGCGCAAGGGCACGCGGAAGCUGCUCAACCUGCGGGAGGUAUCGGCGAUGUGCGAGGAGCUCGGCUUCGCGGUGACCGUGGCGGAGGCCGGCGGGGACGUGCGCGGCUUCGCCGAGCGCGUGAACGCUGCCGACGUGCUCCUGGCGGUGCACGGUGCCGGGCUGACGAACCAGAUCUUCCUGCCGACGGGUGCCGUGCUGGUGCAGAUCGUGCCGUGGGGGAAGAUGGACUGGAUGGCGACCAACUUCUACGGGCAGCCGGCGCGGGACAUGCGGCUCCGGUACGUGGAGUACUACGUCUCGGAGGAGGAGACGACGCUCAAGGACAAGUACCCCAGGGACCACUACGUGUUCACGGACCCAAUGCGCAUCCACGGGCAAGGGUGGCCGGCGAUCGCCGAGAUCAUCAUGAAGCAGGAUGUCAUGGUCAACAUGACAAGGUUCAAGCCGUUCUUGCUCAAGGCGCUCGACGAGUUGCAGGAGUAGGGGAAGCCUGAUCGAUUCCCCUUUGGUUGGCUGGUUUUGGUUCCAUUUGUGUGGUUGGAUGGGGACAAUUCGGAUAGGCCAGCACAGAUGCGGUACAGGGGAGCUUUCGUUCAAUUUUUUUUCUCUCUCUCUGCCAUUUAUAUCAGCUACUAAAUUGUUUAUUUUUAUUUGCGAGGCUGUUUAGCAAGUCGUUCUGAGGAAGCCAAUUUAGCGACAGCUACUAAGUCAAUUGAUUUAACAGGAAAUAUAUUCAAAUCGGCAAUGGUGUA